AUGAACACGGUUCUCUUCGUUACGCUCGCUGCAUGCGCAGUGUUCUGCAUCGUUUUCGCUCAGCCUCCUCCUGGAUGUCAACGGCCACCUAAACCAGAAUUCCUCGACAAUGCCAACGAGACCGUUCGCAAAGAAUUUUUCGCCAUCGUUAAAAAACACGGUGUGCCACCAGAGCAGAAGAGGGAACAAGUGAUUAAUUGGGCAAAGAAAUAUGGACUUGAGGAACAAGCAAAGCAGCACGAAGAUAAGGUGCACGAGGUGAUGAGCAAAAAUGGUCCCAAUUGCAAGCCGCCUUUUCUACCGGAUUACCUCAAAAACGCCAACGAAACCGUUCGUAACGAGUUCUUCGAAAUAGCCAGAAACCAGGCUGUGCCACUUGACCAGAGGAGAGAGCAGGUCAUUCAAUGGGCAGCGAAAUAUGGACUUGAGGCGCAAGCAAGGGAGCACGAGGAGAAGGUUAAGGCUAUGAUGGAUAAG